AUGGAAGAAGGUGCUGGGUGGCUGACACCAACUUCAAUUUUUCUCAUCUUGUUUCUCUUUCUCUCUAAAUAUGUACUACUAAAGAGAAAAGCCAAGCAUAGAAACCUACCACCUAGCCCACCUGCUUUACCACUCAUAGGCCAUCUCCAUCUCAUAAAAGAACCUCUCCACCGAAGUUUAGAAAAGCUCAAAGAAAAAUAUGGUCACAUAAUAUUUCUCAAACUUGGAACACGCAAAGUCCUUGUUGUAUCCUCACCUUCAGCAGUAGAAGAAUGUUUAACAAAGAAUGAUAUAACAUUUGCAAACCGUCCCCAAACACUCGCUGGGAAAUACCUCAACUACGAUGGUAAGACAGUGGGGUUUGCUUCCUAUGGCGACUAUUGGCGCAACCUCCGGCGUCUAACAACCAUUGAGCUUUUCUCAAACAAUCGCCUUGGUAUGUUCGCAAGAGUUCGAGAGGAAGAGAUACAGUUGUUGGUGAAACAACUGUUUAAAGAAUGCAAAGGAUCACAAACUUCAAAGGUAAACCUCAGAGACAAACUUGUAGAGCUUUCUUUCAAUAUCAUGUUAAGGAUGCUCUCAGGGAAACGGUACUAUGGUGAUGAUGUUAUUGCACAAGAAGGGAAGGAAUUCCAGAGUCUUAUGAAGGAGUACGUAGAGCUUGUGGGAAGUGGAAAUUUAAAUGACUUCUUAACAAUACUUCAAUGGGUUGAUUUCCAAGGUAUCAAAAAGAAGAUGGUGAAGGUGAUGAACAAGAUGGACAUCUUCCUUCAGAACCUCAUUGAGGAGCAUCGCAGAAACAGGCGCGUGAGUUCAACAAAGGAACAAAGGAACAUGACGAUUAUUGAUCUUAUGUUGGACCUGCAACGAGAUGACCCACAAUUCUACACGGAAGAAACUAUCAAAGCUCUUAUUCUGGCAAUGCUUGUAGCUGGGUCUGAAACAUCGGCUAUUACCAUGGAAUGGUCACUGUCGCUUCUCCUCAACAAUCCAGAUGCAAUGAAAAAGACUAGGUUUGAGAUAGACACUUAUGUGGGACAACAUCAUCUGUUGAACGAACUAGAUACUGCAAAACUCAAAUACCUGCAAAAUGUAAUUACCGAGACAAUGCGCCUCUACCCUGUGGCUCCACUCAUGAUACCCCAUGAGUCCUCUAAAGAUUGCAAGGUUUGUGGUUUUGAUAUACCAGAAGGGACAAUGCUAUUUGUUAAUCUAUGGACCCUGCACAGGGACGCUGAGUGGUGGGUUGAACCAACAAGGUUUGAGCCAGAGAGAUUUGAGAGAGGGGAAGGUUCUGAUGUACUUUACAAUAUGAUUCCAUUUGGUAUUGGAAGGAGAGCUUGCCCUGGAGCUCCUUUGGCAAAACGUGUUAUGGGGCAUGCAUUAGGUGCCUUGAUUCAGUGUUUUGAGUGGGAAAGAAUUGGGGAUCAAGAAAUCAACAUGAUGGAAGGUGUAGGGCUUACCAUGCCCAAAGUUGAGCCCUUGGUGGCCGUAUGCAGGCCACGCCAAGGCAUGAUCAAGGUUCUGUCGAACAUAUAA